GUGCAAAAACCUUGCCAUAGUGUACUUACCGCUGCAGACUUAAGGCGCCUACUGUUCCAUUAUUCAUGAGACGUUGCUUACUUAUAAGGUGCGAAUAUCCAGGCCUUUACCUCACCUGUAUGAUGUAGAGAGCCUUACCAACAAACGAUGUCUGAUCCAAGCGCUACUAAUCCGUAUGCUACUGACUGGGUCUGGUCUGAUGAAGCGCAAUGCUAUUGGAGAAAUGAAUACAUUAAUGACCAGUGGCAGGUUGUUUACCAUUCUUCUUCCUCUGCCACUGCCAGCACCGCCCAACCAUCAUCGAUGUCCACGCCAAGUUAUACGUCCUACUCCUACGGUAGAACCCCUGGUGCUGGCGCUCAGCCUGGAACUGUCCCUACACAAACCACGACUGGAACGGAAACAUUGGACCCAAGCUACCAAUUGAGAACGGAUGCUAGGUCAUUUUACAUACGCGGACGAAUGUUUGCAACGCUUCACAUUGAAGCUUACGGAGGUACAGCUACUGGCGCUGACGCCGAGAAUGUCUUCACCGUAAAGUACGGAGAGAAAGCAUACUGUCAGAUUCGACGAUUUGUCGUGGUAAAGGACGACCGCGGCUACUGCCUGGCGUGUCCAGUUGCAACGUACCGCGGUCGAGGAACGACGAAACGUGGUGUGAACCCCAAACAACACGCUGUCAUAUUCACAACCAACAGUGGGCCAAAUUGGAUGCAAGGCGAGACAGAAAUGGACAAAGACCCUAUUGGAGUUGAUGCGGCUGAUCCGUCUAUAAGACUUGGACCAGCCUCUCGUAUAAACUUUGGCCAAGUCCACUGUAUACAACAUAAUGUCAAAGUCAAAGACCUCGGAGUGGUUCGUUUGGAAGACUUACCGAAGCUAGUUGCAUACUGGCGAGCGGAAAUGCAAAACUGAACAGCCAAUCGGCGUAGGAGCUACU